GAGCACCAAACACACCGAAAAUGCAAUUCUACAGUUCCUAAUCUGGCAUGAGUAUAUGAUCCCUACUCCCUAGUCUGUAUGAACAGGAAAUGUUUGUUGGAGAGGGCAGGGAAAACAUCUAGGUCAUAGGUUUCCGAACGGGUUGGCUUUGAUGGAGCAAUAGAACAAGUGGGCUGAAAGCUUGAAGUAAUGAACGGCUCGAGUUGUGCAGCUUUGCCCCGCAUUUUUUUUUGAAAAGUGCAGCGUUCCUCCGUUUCGCUUCUCCCGCUCCCUUCCGCAACGGCGUACUCCCUCCGCCGCCCGCCGACCGCCGACUCCCGCCGCAAAAUCCUGCGUCAGAAGCGCCGAUUCUCGGACGUCCUCCGGAUCUGAGACACCGAGCGCACUACGAGCUGUAGCUGUAGUGCAGUGACCUAAAAAUGAGUGAGGGGGAUGCUACUCAGCUUGCCCUUGAGAAAGGAUUACCGCAAGUGUCUAAUGAUGAUGGUUCGAGUAGUCCUGCAACUAUGCACAAGUUGAAAGUUGACACAGAAGAUGCUGGAAGCAAAAUUGAAUCACCCACUCCAGAGAAGCUUGAAUCUAGAAGCAAAGGGGUUGUUGUGAGUUCGUUGGCAAGGAAUUUACUUGCAGAGAGGUACAAAGAUAGAUUUGCAAAUCAGUUCCUGGAAGAUGAGGGUGACAUAGAUGAUGAAGACUAUAAUGACAGUAUUUCGCCAGGCAUGAGCCGAUCUCAGAGAUCAAGAAGCAUUGAACUUCUGGAGAAGCACAAGGAUUUACUGAAUCUUUUUAAUAGAAUGGAGAGUUCUAUAAGGUUGCUACGCUUACGGAAGAGGAUGGCUACAUUUAAUAAUAUUGCCACCCAGGUGGAAAUACUCGCAAAAAGGAAGUUAUCGUACUGUCAUUUGGCCCAAAUGAAGUAUUUGUUUCCAGAAGCAAUCCAGAUUAAGAGGGUACUUCUACAUGACGAGAAAAGCCUAUGCAUGUAUGCUGAUAUGGAAAUCAUACUUGUAAUGGAUGUUGUGGAAUACACAAGUACUGAUCACUCUCCAUCCAUGACAAUUUGCGAUGCUUUUUACUCGAAGCUUUUGACAUUUUUGGAUGCUCAUCAUAAGUCACAAUUGCUAUUUAUGCAGGGUACAGACAUUCCAGAGGCAAUCUUACCAGAACCCUUUAACUUGAGGUCAAGGGGCCAGUUAAAUCUUGAGGCAUCACAUAAUGGACAUGCUGCUGAGCCACAUCUGCAAGGCACCACUAAGGAUGGAUUCUCAAAUGCUUCCCACUUCCCACAAUCUUUUCGAAAGCUAAUGUCCCAGAAAGUCAUUACUGAUGGAGCUGAAAGGACUCAAUUGCUACUUGAUCCAACAAAACUGAGCUCUGUGAGUGCUUAUGAUACAGAAGGAACAAACAGAAGCCCUAAAAAGCAAGACAAACAUGCUUCAGUUACAGUGAACUCUGAAAUUUCUGCUACUCCAAGCCGUCAUUUGAUCUCUCGUUGUCAAGAGGGUACGCCAAAACAAGAGACCUUAGAAUCACCACUGUUGGCUCAAACACCAGCAACUCAGACACCCAAAAGGCAAUUGCCCACUCCACUUGAGAAACUUGAGGCCACAUGUGGACACAUUUCUGAACCACGUUCAGCUAGUUCUGCCCGCAGAUCACUAAAUACAUCUUUAAAAUUUGAAGGGGGAAGCCCUUCUUAUCAUGAUAGAAUGGAACAUGUGGCUACAUCUAAAAUUGGAAUUCUCUCGGAAGAUUCAUCUAGUUUCAACAAGUCAUUAGAGGAGAAUGGUCCUGUCUUCUUUACUGAUAGAGACAAAAUCAAUCUGGCAGACCCAGUGGGUGUCCAGGAAAAGAUGGCUUCGUUACGUUCCACAUUUGGCAUCGUCUGCGAUAUUUCUCAUUCUAUCAAGAAUUCGCUAAUUACAAAACAGGAGCUUUUCCAUAAUAUUCUUGCCAACAACUUGGAGAUAGAACAGAUGGGAGAGAUAGAAGAGCAGCUACAUAUUUUAGAGGAUCUGGCUCCCAAUUGGAUAUCUAAGAAGGUGAUAAAUGGAGAAGAAAUACUUUACAGCUUUGAAACUAUAGCAGAUCAGAAUUCAGUGUGGGAAAGGCUUGUAGAAGCUGUGUGAGGUGUGGAAUAGCUGGGAUUGGUUUAAAGCUAAAGAAUCAGCCGCAUAGUACUAUGUAUGUAACGCUAACGGAACCCAUCAAACAGCCACAUUUUCUCAUCAUGGAAUCCUCAGGAUUGCUCGUCUUAUUCAAUUUUAAUUUUUUCUUCUGUUGCAUUGCUAAUGUGCUAAUUACAUGCUUAAUACUGAAAUUUCUACAAGACAUAAA